AUGGUGCUGGGUUGGUUGACUUGCAUUCUGGUUGCAGUCAUGCUGGCCAACAUGAGUUUGACCGUUCUUACCGUACUGUCCAACUCUCUGGAACGUUCAACAGAGUUUGGUUUGGAAAUGUUCAUCGAGGAGUGCAACCAAAUCUGUGACGUUUACUAUCCCGAGUGUCGGGAAAAUUCCAUGCGUGGUUCGGAACUUACUGUAUACAGUAACCACCAAUACAAGGAAGGCCGCAUAGAUGAGUACCUGGAGCGUAUCUGGAUUAAUUACCUCUGUGAAACUACAGGGUGCCACUCUAAACUUGAAGGUAUUAGAUUUGCCGCCAAAGGUUCCUUUGAUCUGCUUCUCGAUCCAUCACCAAACGUCUCGCGCGUGCUGCAGCCUCUGUUCCCAUACCGUACCGUCAAGUACUCGAUUUAUGUCCGGACACCGGAGAAGCGGUUUCGAAUGUUCGCCUGCUUCUACACCUUCUCGCCUACUCUGUGGGUCGUGCUCAUAAGUUCGCUCAGCUUGAUCGCCGUCUUAACCCUGCUGAUUCAUAGCAUGCCGUUCAGCUAUAGGCCUGUCCAGGAGACCCUUCAAUCGCUGUACAAUCUGUGUGCCAACAACGGUUCAACAGAUGGUUCUUUUCGAUCGAACUCCUCCAAAAUCAUCUUUAUCGUAUGCUCAACAUUAGUUUUGAUCAUCUGGAUAUCUUUCUCGACGUUCCUGAUUGCCGAACUGGCGGUGACUCCGCCAUACCGAUUUCAUGGAGAAGUACGACAGUUUCUCAAAGGUCGAAAACUCAAAUCCAUCUGCGUUGAGCCAAACACUGCAGUUCAUGCGCGAUUGUUUAAUACGGUCCAGCCUCUGGUGAAUGCCGAUCCUUGUCCAGUUGGAUGGCCUCAUUGGUUGACUCUGCUCAACCGGGUGUGCAACUCCAAAGCUUCAAGAGUGGCAUUCGUGGAGACCAGCAGUUUCCCUCUGGAGUACCAGAUGUUCCGACAAACAUCGCUCCCUUGCAAACUUUCUGUUAUCAUGGACAACGUGUUUCAAAUUCCGAAGGCGAUCAUGGUUCGCAGGGGAUAUCCUUACAAGGAGGACAUCGGUAAAAUAUUCAUGAAAGUCACCGAGAGCGGCAUAGCUAAUUUGGUGAUCAGGCACGUUUACGACGUAAUACGCUCCAGAACGACCGAAGAAACCAUCCAAGAAGGCUAUUUGAGGAUUUCCUUGCAUCAAUUAACAGUCACGUUUUCUUUACUCGCUAUCGGAGCAGGCCUGGCAGGUGUUAUCGUCAUCCUGGAAUGGAUUGCGUACUUUCGUCAGCAACGAAACUUUAUUCGAAGGCCCAGCUCAAAAACUUUCCUGAAUUAA